AUUUCCAUGAAUCGAAUCAAUCAAUGGUAACUCCAAAAGUUCAACACCCACAGUGACAAAUGCAUACAUGGCUGCCUGGAUACGUCAUAUCCAUCCUUCUCUUUCCCUCUGAAAAAAAGGGAUUCCUUUGAAUCUGGUUGUGCUAUUCUACGGCAACAAGGGGUUUUCUAUGAUGAAGAAGAAGACAAGAAGAUUACCGGGCGGGAUAAAGACAAAAUUAUAAUCCAAACCAACGCACGCAGGGAGGGAGGGCCCCGAAUUUUUCGCUUUUUUUCAGAUCCGACCUGUUCUUCGCAAUUUCAGCUUCCUUCUGCAAAUUUAGACUGCUAACGGGAAUCGGAAGGUACAAAAUCUCCUUGCUGUAUUAUCUAUGGGCAGCCAAUGUUGCUUUCAAUUUGCUGUCUGGAUACUGAAUGCCAAGAUCGUUUGAAUAUUGAUUGGGGAUUUUUGGGUACCUGGAAAUGAGCCGAUCUCCAUCAUUCUCUUUAAAGUUGGAACAUGUAUCAGAAGUUGACGAAAUAUCCUUACAGCAAUGGGUAGUAGCUUUUUGUACGAUUCGGUUUGAUCUUGAGCAAGGUCAGCUCAUUGAGGAGUGUUAUCCAUCUGGCCUUAUUACCCAAGACGAGGAGCUGGAAGUCUCCUUUAGUUCAUUUCCGGAUUCAGUUUCACAGCAUCACAACCGCUCGAGCAUCCAUGAUUCCAUCUUUUUCUUCCGGAUAAGGAGACACAAUAGCCCUGCAAUUUUGAGCUCAGCAUCAUCGGAGAUUGUUGAAGUAGAUAAUAAUCAAGCUUCAUUCCAAAAGACGAUAGGUACGGAUACACAGAAGGGAAGACAACACAGCAACAAUAACUCAAGAUUUUUGUAUGGCUUUGUAUUUAACCGACAGAGACACGACGAGAGGCUGAAACGAGGAGGAGAACAAAAAUCUGUGGUUAUUCUUUCUCACAGUCCAUAUACCAGCGUGUUUAGACCUCUGUUGCAAAUCAUGGGUCCCUUAUACUUCGACAUUGGGAAUAAGGCCAUUAAUUAUAUUGCUUCGUAUGUAUCAAAGUGGCCUCCACCUUUACCCGGUCAGCAAAUGGAACUACCUAUUGGGAAUGCAACGCUUAGAGUGAACUUGCCGCCUUCUCAUUGCUUGCCAUCAGACAGUGGAUUCUUCGAAGACUCGGCCUCAUCACUGGCUCCACUACUUCCUUCAAACCAAUCAGUUCCACAAGGGCUAUUUCAUGAUUCCGAUCUUUUUGGUGCAUUUCGUGGACUCUUAAUGCAGCUUUGGAGGCUCUGGGAACUUCUACUAGUGGGGGAACCCAUCUUGAUUAUAGCCCCGACACCUCCCCAAUGCUGUGAAGCUGUUGCUGGCCUAGUUAGUUUGGUUGCUCCGCUUCUAUUUAGUGCUGACUUCCGGCCUUACUUCACUAUUCAUGAUCCGGAAUUUGCCAUUUUGAACUCUGUUCAAGAGGGUUCUCCCUUUCCUCCAAUGGUAUUAGGUGUCACAAACCUCUUCUUCUUGAAGGCACUUCGUAAUAUGCCUCACAUUGUUUCAGUUGGAACUCCUGCUUCGAAUUCAAGUCGGUCUAAUAUUGGCUCUAAACCGUUUUCCAGGGGAAGUCCUGGUCAACAUGAAGGACUUAAUCAUCAGCAGCUUUCGUUUAAGAGGUUCACUCCGGCAAACUUCUUGAAUGCUGUGAAGAUGAAGAGGGAUGGUCCUUUGUGUCUUAUGACCGAGCAUAAAGAAGCUGUAUGGAGCAAUUAUGCUGCUGUGACAAAGCCAGACACCUCCAUCUUGAAUCGACUUAUUGAUGCUGGAAUGUCUCCGAGGGUUGAGGAGUCAAUGUCAGUUGUCAACAAUGAUAUACUACGCCGUCAUUUUCUUGAGCUGACUACUAACUUCUUGGCACCCUUUGGUCCAUACUUUAAAGCAAAUACUCCUUCUGAGGCAUCAUCCCCAUUUUCCGAUCCCCCUCCUCUACCUCCAUUCAACACUGAGGAAUUUCUCGCUACAUUGUCUGCCAGAGGUCCUGGAAAGUUUUUGCUGAAACGGACACGGUCAAAUUGGUUGGAUCUGUACAGGCGGUUCUUGAAAGGGCACAACUUCCAGCCAUGGUUUCGUAGAAAGCGUGCUGUUGCUGAGCAAGAACAAUAUAAAUUGUGGAGGCUGGCUAGACUUAAGGCUGAUAUAAAUCAGUUGAUUGGCAAAAUGCCGGAAUUGGAGAUCGUAGAUUCCUUCAAUGCAAUUGAGAGGCAUCUUCAAGGAGAACUGCAGUAUGGAAAAGCAAAUGAAGACACCGAAGUAGUCUGUGAGAAACUAAAGAAAGAUCUGCAGAUCGUGUUUAGUGUUCUCCCCAAGGAUAUGCAGCAACUUCUGACAAUGAAUCCUGAGCGCGCAUCCCUUCUACAACAAAGCCACGGUUGUUCGGAUAUUCCCAAGCGGACUGUUUUACCGGGUAGUUCUGUGUCGUAGCAGUUCUCAAAUUGUUAAUGCCAUUUCACCUGUAGUCUCUUUUUUCGCCGGAAUUCUUGAUGCUCCUUUGGGCGAGUCAUGUCUGAAUGUCUGAAUAGCAGUCUCCAAGUGCUCGACACCCUACUGAUAUUGGAGAUGGAGACAAGAUAUGCCAAGAAACAUGGUUGGAUCUUACGUCGUGGUCUUAUCAGGUCGGAGAAUGAGAUGACACGAAUUUGGAAAAUUCACGACUUAUAAUGCUGUCUAUUGUGAAAGAGAGUUAAGUGAUUCCUCUUCUCUUCAUCCAAACAACAUUGGCAAUUUGAGGUGUAAUUUAUUUCUCAGGUAAGCUUUAUAUUUGAUUUUGCAAAUGACAAUACAAAGCCCAUUUAAUUGAGUUUCUUCGAGUAAGAUACAAAUAGAUCGAUCUGAGAAUCUCCUCCCGUGUAACAAUAGCAAGCGACAUGCAAAUUCAUUGCUGCUUUUCGAAGUA